AACUUUGUCAGGUUCCUCUGGAAUUUCUUCGGCUUUGAAACACGAGUCUGUUGGCGUCUUUAAGAAGUUUUCGAAAACUACAUUUUUGUCACCACUACAUUCAGUCCUCUCUUCGUUUGUCCAUAUACCAUGAAAAAGAACAGAUAGAUAGCAGCUGACACACCAGACAGAAGAUGUCACAAUGCAGUGCUUUGUCAGAGAUUCAAAAAUCAUCCCUCAACAUAGGGACAAGGGAUUUCCUUCGCAAUAUUUGGUCAAAUCGGAGUUCUGAGGAACAAAUUCCACAAGAAGAUUUCCAAAACGAUUUUGUCGAUACAUACGAUGAGCAGAAUGUAAAUGAAAAUGAAUUUUUUAACAUUGAGGUAACGGAGCAUGCUUUGUUAUGACUUCUCGAAAAUGGGAGCAGGUCUACAUAACUCUGAUGUUCAGGAUGAUGAUGAUGCAAGUGACUAUUUUGACAGUGAAGACGAAUACUUUGAAACGUAUAGAAAGAAUUUUGAAGAUCACAGCUCAAUGUCUUUACAUGGGACGAGGUAUUCUCCUCCCACUUCUGAAGGAAAUGGAAGAUACAGUAAGGGUAUAGCACAAUCCUAUAAUGUGCCGGUAUUCAUGAAUUCCAUUCAAAAGUAUGCAGAUAGCAAUGGUUUUGAAGUACAUGAUGUUACAGCAGACGGAAACUGUCUCUUCAGAGCUAUAGCUGAUCAGUUGUCAAUCAACGGUGUAUUUGGAAAUUCGCCUGAUUCACUACGGAAUUUCGUUCUCAAGUAUCUUCGGAAAAAUCCCUUACAAGAAGAUGGCUCGCACUUAGAAGCUUUCCUUUACUCCGAAACGUGGGAACAAUAUUUAUCAAGAAUGGAGAAAAACACCGAAUGGUGUGAUCAUAUGACUCUGAAAGCCUCUGUAGACGCACUAGGGAUGAAAGCUGUGAUUUAUAACGUGUAUGAAACAGAUGUAAGACGCACUGAAGUCUUGCCUGGAGGCCAUCAAGGACGGACGGAAUGUUUGACGAUAUAUCUCGGUCAUUUUGGAGAGUUUCACUACCUGAGCUUAAGACCAAAUAACUGGGAGAGGGAAUGGCAGUGCAAAGCACUGUUGUUCAGAUACUAUACAUGUACGAAAACCAUGGAACGUGGUGCAAGGAAGGACUUCCUUCAGAGGAAAAUCGACAGCAUGAAAACGCUUAAUGUUGCAGACAAGGGGACCAUCAGAAAUCUACUAGGAAUUACAUCAACUGACGGAGAGAAGCAGACUGACAGAAAGCGCACACUUUCUCAUGAUCUUGGGUAUUCAAUCUGUAAGACAUACGGACUGUCAGAUCUGGAACCAGAAGAAAGCAGAGAUUCCCAGCAGUACUGCAUUGAAGACAGUUUUCACAUCGACUCAACAACAGGAAUACCACUUCCACAUCUUUCUUUCAUGUUCAGGCAUUUGAUACCUCGAUUACUGAUUGUGACGUGCUCUCAGUAUAUUCCACCAGUUACUGUAGACGGAACUCUGUUUCAAUACAUAGGCACUUACGCAACGGGAACAGACGUGUAUUUGAAGGGUAUCACUAGAGAAAAAAUGAUGCAAAGCUCCAACGAUAAAAUGAAAAAGGACGCAACAGUUGUUGCACAUACUAUGCAAGACCUAUUGUCUAAAAUCAUGGCUGAUACAGCGUCAACCCAUCCGGGAUAUUUACGUGUAAAAGUUUUGUCGUCUGGUACUGAAUUUCCCGCAAAAAGUUUACAUAGACAUGCAGGACAGAUUUAUCUAAAAAAAUCUACAAGUUCCACAGGAAAUGAAUCUCCCCCAGAGAACGGCGGAAUGUAUGGUAGGAUUCCAAUGUGAAUUUCCAUCAACAACGAUAGAGUGGCGUAACAGACCAAGAAAAUUCCAGUGGCCCCCAAAAGAGGUGAUCGCUGCAAUUCAGGAAUCGAGAUGUACCGUAAUCCCUAAACACCACCCACAAAGUUCUCAUCCAGAGAUUGAAUGGAAAUUUAAUUUCUCUACAUCUGAGACUAUACUCUUCAGCAAAGCUAUAAGUGUUUCGACAGGUCGAUUACACGGGUUUUAUACACUAAAAGUACUGCUAGAAAGUUGCAGCGCUGGACGACUCAAACACAAACACAUCAAAGCUAUCUUUUUCAGCUGCUGCGAACAGAUUCCAGCAGAUACAUGGGACACAAAUUUUGGAGGAGCUAUACUUUAUAGUGUAUCUUAUCUGUUAGAGUGCUUGAAAAGGAAGAGCUUGCCACAUUACUUUAUUCCAAGUAGAAAUCUUCUUGACUGCUACACGGAGGAAGAAAUUGACGACAUUUACUUUCAGACAGAAGCUGCUCGGUUUUUCCCUGUACAAACUAUUCAAUUUCUUGCCUUGAAAUACGGAUAUUCAUAUGGAUCAAAGUUAGAAGCGAUCAUUUUUCAAAAUUGUAGAAACUUUGCAAGAAACAGAAACUUGGUCCAAGCUUUUAAAGAGUAUUUUGUUCCUGGAACCAUACGAACAGUGAAAUUUUUGGCUCGACGGGGAUUGUAUGAUGCAGCAUUUAUCCUCCGCGAUACCUUUGAAACUGGAUUUUGUUCAUCUAGACAAGAAUACUGCAGUUUUGCCGAGUUUUUCUGUAGUACUCUUGGUGAGCUUCGACAGAAGACAUCUCGAAUCGUUUUGGCAAAAAUAUUUCAGAACGAAUGUGGCAUUAAUCUAUUAAAUUCCAUCAUGAGAAAAGAAUGCUUAUUUGUUAAGGAUAUCUUGCAAUGGGAAGUAAGUUUCAAGAUUGCCUGGCUUGAUAUUCCAGCAGAAAAAACGAAAAAUUUUGAGUUACUGGCAGAAUUCUUUUAUGAAUUUAGCAAAAAUGAAUUGAAAAGGGACAAUACCGAUUUAGCUUCUCUUGGAAUUGCAGAAGCUAUCCACUGUUUAGAGCGAGCCAUUCAAGACAGUAACAUGCUUGACGUUGCAGAGAUUGAAGAUGAGGAAUUAAAUAGGGAAAUCCUGGCACAGAAAUCUGAUAUCUUGAAAAAGCUGAAAGAAAAACUGAAAGACUGCUUUAUACAUGCAUAUUGGAUUUCACAGUUAUAUCGGACAUCUAGCCCACUUCAAAAUUAUAUGCCGGCGAUAGAAGAAUUGAGUAAAGAAUUGCCAGAGAUGUAUGGCAUCGUCAGCAUUAUGUUUCGAUUCCUGUACAACCACAACAAGCGAAAAGAAUAUGAAGAACUUUAUGAUUUGUACUUAGGUGCAGGCACAUGAACGUGCAGAAACAACAUGAAGUUCCAUUAGGUGCACACUUGGCUCUUCUUCGUCGAAUAAACAUUCUGUAUAAUAGGUAUUAGGUGAAGUUUUGACAAGGCUAAUCUCAUGAACAUGAUGCUUCAAUAUUAUCAUUUUAUUUAAUGAUAUUUGUCAUUAUUUUCAUCAUGGAUUUACAAUAAUUCAAAAUUCUCACAUAUACUUCCAAGUUUCUGCUUUUAUUGAAUUAUUACAGUUUACUUAUUUCUAUUUUGAUUAGGUACGAACCAGGCACACCGAUUGACAUUUAUUUAGUGCUUCCUAAUCUUGACAAGCGGUAAUAAUAGAUACACCAAUCAUUAUUGUAGUCCUUCCAUAUUACAACAGAUAAUUUUGUGCUUAUGUUAAUAUAUAGGGUAGCCUAUAUCCUACACGUGUUAAUCUAUGUUAAUAUAUAGGGUAGCCUAUAUGCUACACGUGUUAAUCUAUUUUUAUUCGUUUGUUUGUUUUACGCACCUUCUACAAAUUUUUCACUCCUAUUUAGAUGUCGUUGUAGAUGAAGACGUGGCAGUGAGGGACCUCCGUUUUAUGUUCUUGUUCGAAAGACCCGCAAUUCUCACUUUUAAAUUCCGAAAUUUGCCGUAGUACCUAGCAAUUACUACCUAUGGUUACGUCUUAGGCACUAGCAGUGCUCGAACUCACGACUACCGUUUGAUCUAUGUUUAAGUUUAAAGGAUUUUACCACGAUUUUUAUAGCUGGUAAAUAUAUGUGAAAGUGCCGUGUUUUAAAUCGUACAAGUAUUAUUUUUUAUAUGAAACUUGCUUUAGUGAUAAUUUUGUAUCGAAAUUGCAAAAAGCAAAUUAUGCAUAUUCUCGUUUGCGAUUUUCGCGCCAUUAGUAUUUGACGUCAUACGUGUCAAUCGUGGCGAAGUUAAAAAGCAUGAAAACAUUCAAAACAAGUUGUGAACAACACAUUCAGCAGGUUUUUGGUACAAACGAUUUGGCGAGAUGGCCCCUUAAAAACAAUUGAGAUUGUGAAUUUUCCUUUGAUGGAACGCGUGUCAACCGGCGGCAGAUACAUCAUCAUUUAGGAAAAUCAUCGCUGCGAAUUUUGCCACGAUCAUCCAAUAAAUUGUAAGUUUAGAGUACAAAAACGGGUGUUGAACUGAGUGAUGGUAUUUUCCGCAAGAUGAUGACUUUCAUCCCUUGUAUUUAUAUGAUAGAACUUGUAGGGAGUGUAAUUCAAACGAUGUAUAAAUUGCCGAAACGUGUUGGCAUCUUUAUCAAAACGACUUCAAAGGGGAUUUUCAAAUGGAUUCAUUAUUAUUAUUUUCCACAAUCCGGAAGACAGGCCCCUUUGAUCACGAUCAUCAGUAAGUGUUACUUAAAAACAAAUAGAGUUGUGCUCCUUGACAUGCUCUGGAAGAACUGUAGCUCUCUGAAAAAAAUAUUGGGACAGGGAACUACAGAUCCGCCCCUUAUAAAAACCUUCGAUUUACGGCGCAGAGAAAAAUGUGCACGAUUGAGGGCUUGUGUCGUUAUAUUCUUGUAUUGCCAUCUCAUAAAUUAGAUUUCAAAAACUUCCUUACAUAUUUUCCUUCUGCACUUGUGUUCAAACUUAUCUUCAAUUAUUCAUUAGAGCUCCAUACGAUCUGAGAAUUCACAGCUUCAAGUGAUUUCGUUUUUGUUUUUUUUUAUGAAGCCAUGUUAGGUAGCCAAUCAAUUCGAACCCUGUUGCUAUUGGUAUCCAUAAUAUUCGGUACAAGUUAUGUAUUCGGUCUUCAUUUAUUAUGAAUACGAAUGAUAAAUAGAUUGAUUGAUUAAAUAUUGUUUAACGUCCCUCUUGAGAAUAUUUCACUCAUAUGGAGACGUCACCACUGCCGGUGAAGGGCUGCAAAAUUUAGGCCUAUGCUGGGUGUUUAUGGCCAUUGAGCAGGGAGGGAUCUUUAUCGUACCACACCUGCUGCGACACGGGACCUCGGUUUUUGCGGUCUCAUCCGAAGGACCGUCCCAUUUAGUCGCCUCUUACGACAAGGAAGGGGUACUGAAGACCUAUUCUAACCCGGAUCCCCACAGGAUUCGAAUGAUUAAUAGAAAUAAAAAAUAUAAUUCAUUUAAAGGUAAAAUUAGCUUUUGAUGAUUGACAAUGCUACAAAAGCCUUGUCUGGUCCCUUACGCUCGAGUGGCAGGGAUGGGGACCGUACCAAACUAAUGAAAGCCGCGUAGCCAUGAGUUUACCUAUUUGAAUAAAUGCCAUUUAACCGAGCUGGGAUGAUUUAUUAUUUAAAACAUUUAAUUAAACAUAUUUGUAGGGAUAUCAGUUCACAUCUAGACAAUAUUGCGUAAGUAAUGAAAUGAAAGGGAAAUUCGAAUUGAAUGGCUACCUAACAUGGCUUCAUCAACGGACGAAAUCAUGUACAGGUGUUGAGUUUGCGGGUCGUACGGGGCUUUAAUAAAUAUUCGAAGGUAUGUUUGGACACAAAUAACAUAAUAAAAUAUGUAAGGAAUUUUUUGAUAUUAAAGUUAUGAGAUGGUAAUACAAGAAUACCACGAUUUAAUGCCUCAAUCGUGCGCAGUUUUUUGUGCGCCGUAAAUCGAAGGUUUUUAUGAGGGGUGGAUCUGUAGCUCUCUGAUCUGUCCUAAUAUUGGUUCAGAGAGUUACAGUUAUGCAGCUAGAAAAUUUCCUGGUACUAAAUAGAGUAAUCCCUCUUGAUCUACUCAUAACAGGCAAGUUUCUUCAGAGACGGUUUACUGAGUUGUUGACAACAAAAAUCGUUUUAACUGCAGACAUUAUGUCCAGUUUUCUCUUGUCAUCGCUUCAACAAUGUCGAUACUAAGAUUCCUUAAAGAAGUUAGCUCCUGAGCUUUGAACACAACCGUGCAGGAUGCUACAACUAUGCAUCUACUGGUUCAAUACUGAUCCCAUUGGUGCAAACAUAUACGCAUCUAUUACUAAACCCUAUCCAGUUGAAAAAUAUUGUGUCAAUUCAAAUUUUAAAAGGAUUUGGCAGGGAUUAUAUUUUGCGGCGGAAGAAUUGAUUAUUCAAAAAUUUCUAAAUCAGCAUGAUAUUACAGUUUCUGUUUCAUCCAAUAUAUCCUCUAUUUUUAUACUCCUAUAUGUGUAUUUCAGUUUUAUAAUUCAUGAUAUAAGUAGUUCAGACUUGGAACUAGUUCAAGUGUUGUGAUUUAUUAAUACAUGUAUGUCCUUUUAAACUUUCAAACUUGAUAUCAUGAAUUUUUCGUAUAUCAAGUGCUUAAAGGUCACUAUUUAUUUCAAUUACUUGUAUUAAACUUUUUUGUUUGAUUGUCUUUUUUGUAAGAAGACAUGAUUAUGUAUCUAUUCUAUGUAAUGAUUGAUUUCUGUUGCAUAUGUUGUGUUAACACAAACAGACAAAUCAAGUUACAUUGAAUAAAUCUUUAAGUGCAAAAAU